AUGGAUGCUGGUGCUGGUGUCCAACAGGCAGUCCCAUCAGUACUCCGUGAAGUAUUUGGGGAGGCAUAUAACGGACUUAAUCAUUCAGGAAUCAACGGAAACAUGCACUCGGGGGGCGUGGGAUUAUCAAAUCCAACAGCAGCAGAGAGUGGGGGAUUGAGGGAGAUGGGAGGAGCAUCCGAGAGUGGAGGAGCAGGCGACAGCAGGGCGGGGAGGGGAGGAGAAGAGAGCGGGGCAGGGAGGGGAGGAGCAUCCGAGAACGAGGCAGGUAGGGGAGGAGCAGCAGGGAGCGUGGCGGGGAGGGGAGGAGCAGCAGGGAGCGAGGCAGAGAGGGGAGGAGCAGUCGAGAAUGGGGUAGGGAGGGGAGGAGCAGCAGGGAGCGAGGCGGGAAGGGGAGGAGCAGUCGAGAGUGGGGUAGAGGGGGGAGGAGCAGCAGGGAGCGGGGCGGGUAGGAGAGGAGCGGCAGGGAUCGAGGCAAGGAUGGGAGGAGCAUCAGCAGGGACAGGGAGGGGAGGAGCAGCAGGGAGCGGGGUGGGUAUGGGAGGAUCAGCAGGGAUCGGGGCAGGGAGGGUAGGAGCAAGGAGCGGGGCGGGGAGGGGAGGAGCAGAGAGCGGGGCCGGGAGGGGAGGAGCAGCAGUGAGUGGGGCGGGGAGGGGAGGAGCAGAAAGCGGGGAUGGGAGGGCAGCAGUGAGUGGGGCGGGGAGGGGAGGAGCAGCAAGGAGCGGGGCGGGUAGGAGAGGAGUAGCAGGGAGUGGGGAAGGGAGGGGAGGAGCAGUGAGAGGGGCGAGGAGGGCAGCGGCAGGGAGCGGGGCAGGGAGCGGGGCAGGGAGGGGAGAGACAGCCGAGAUUGGGGUAGGGAGGGGAGCAGCAGGGAGCGGGGCGGGGAGGGGAGGUGCAGGAUGGAGUGGUGGAGUGGCGGGUGAGAUGGGAAUUGACCACAACAAUCCCACACCAUGA